CUAGUAAUUUCCAGGAGGAUGUUUCUCUCGCAAGACAAGUCGCGCCGCUUUUAAAGAGACAGAUGGUCUAAACCUCGAGCCGUCUCGCGGAGAACAACAUAGCAACGCCGUCGGCCGCUUCCGCAUUGAAUGCACUAGUCUCCGUCAAUGCGGGAGAAUGAAUAACUCUAAAUGCGCCAUUGACCACAAACGACGGAGACCGACGCGGAUCAUACGAUGCAUCUACGUGGUGGGGUUCAUGGACCUCUUUGGGGUCAGUAUGAUCAUCCCUUUGCUGAGUCAUCAUGUGAAGUCGCUAGGAGCAAGUCCUACAGUAGCUGGGAUUGUAGGAUCUACAUAUGGAGUAUUACAACUCUUCUCUAGUACUGUGGUGGGAAGUUGGAGUGAUGUGGUAGGGAGACGUCAUUCACUACUGACGUGCCUUUUGCUCAGUGCCUUUGGAUAUGGCCUGCUGGGUCUGUCCACCAGUAUUGCACUCUUCGUGCUGGCCAGGAUACCAGUGGGGCUCUUUAAACACUCCCUGUCUAUCUGCCGAGCGCUCCUGUCAGAUCUUGUGUCGGAGAAAGACCGGCCUCUAGUGAUGGGCCACUUUAAUGCAGCCUCAAGCGUGGGAUUCAUCCUGGGACCCGUGGUGGGUGGAUAUCUCACUGAACAUGAGGGCGGUUUUUACAUGUCCUCAUUCGUCUGUGCCGCCAUUUUCAUUCUGAAUGCAGGUUUGGUCUGGCUGUUACCUUGGAGUGAGACGCUAAAUCACCGUAUCGAUGCAAACGCUAACAGUAAAACCAAACCCAGCAAAUCCUACGAUGAGUUGAAGAACUCAGUCCAGCAGAACUGCUCUGACAAAAACCACCAUGCUAAUGCAUCAGCAGUCCACAGUCAAACGAACGGAGGCUGGGGCUGGAGGGACAUGUCGGUCGUCUGGAGACAGCUGACCUCGGUGUGGAUACGGAUCCGCAUGGUGGCGUCCUCCGAUAUGUGGGACGUGUUCCUGGUGCGUCUUCUGAUGGCCGUCUCCAUAAUGCUGUACUACAGUAACUUCUCCUUAGCCAUGGAGGAGCGUUUUCAACUCAAACCCAAGGUGACCGGUUAUUUGAUCAGCUACAGCAGUAUGUUGGGGGCCCUUGCUGGCUGUUUGGUGGGACCCGUCACACACCUCUACGGCAACAACAUGUCUGCUUUGUUGUUACACUCCACCGCCCUCACUUGCACGCUGAUCUUCCUGUAUGCCACGGCGCCGAACGUCUGGCAGGUCCUGCUCACUUCCACGUUCUUUGCCAUCUCUACCACUAUCGGACGCACUUGCAUCACAGACUUAGAGCUGCAGCGUCGGGGAGCCCAAGCUAGCGGGACGUUAAUCGGAGCGGGACAGUCGGUCACCGCUGUGGGACGGGUCCUAGCUCCACUGCUGUCUGGUCUGGCUCAAGAAGUCAGCCCCUGUGGACCUCCUAGUUUGGGCGUUGUGCUGGGACUGCUAGCUGUGGGGGUGCUAUUCAUGAGGACUCCUAAAUGGGACAGUAAGACAAAGGUUAAAGACAAGAGUCCCAAACAAUGAGGUGAAAACCACUCGGAGUGACAAAAGACGAAAGAUUGUGGUGGCAGCUGUCUUUUUUUUUUUUUCCUCUCAGGUGAUGUGGUGAAUUUUUGGGAGAAUGUGGGGGUUUGGAUCUUUAUAACGGCUACUAAAUGUGAGACGCCCAUCUGUAAAAUGAAAGAGAGCAACCGCCUGUGCAAAUGCAGACUUUACGGAGUCUGAUGCAAAGUCUAGUGAGAUGAAUGUUCAUAUCAGAACAUUUUGCUGUUACAGUGGCAGAACUAUCACCAGAAGUGGGACAUUCAUUGUUGAGAUACUUUUAUUUGUUGUAUUAAAGUGUUCUGUAUGUUGAUUUUAUGUUUACUGGCCAAAUUCCGACUAUAUAAGUCACAUAAACAAGAAAGGUAAGGCUGAUGUGCUUCCAAGAAAACUGUUUAACAUUUUGGGCAGGAGGAAUGUAACUAUGCGAUUGAGUUUUUACCUCACUGUGGCAUUGAUAUUUCUUUAACCACUAUUUAUCAUUGGUGCACUUCAUAAUACUGACUUCACACAGUUGCCCCAAAUGCUAGCAAUAAUGUUUUUGAUAAAACUGUAAAAAAAAGCAAAAAAACAAACACUACUGUUCGAAAUCAAGUUUGGAGUCAGUAAGAUUUUAUUUAUUUAUUUUUUAAAAAAGUAUAUUUAUUAUUAUAUUGA